AUGGCUCCAAGAAGAAGUGAUAUUUGGUUUCAUUUUGAUGUUCUAAAAGACGAGUGCAACGCCAAAUGCUUGUAUUGUAAACAAGUGUUAUCCACAAAAAAUGGUUCAAUGGGUAACUUACAUAGGCACAUGAAGACAAAACACCCUACAACUAGCAUUGCUAGAACUCUAGUUAAAUCGACAGUUACUAAUGAUAAAAAAGGAAAUGAAUCCCUGGAAGAAAUAAAUGAAACAGAAUCAAAUGGCAAAGACAGCAAUUUUACAAGUGUCAGUAAUAGCAGUAGUGACAAUAAGAUUAACAGCUUUGAAGUCCCCAAACAAAGAAAGGAAAACACACAGUCUGAUAUAACAAGUUUUGUAUAUUGUAAAAAGCCCAUAUCAAUAGCAAGAAGCAAACAAAUUGAUCAUCAAAUAUUACGAUGGAUAGUAAAAGGUUUUCAUGCAUUCAGAAUCGUAGAGGAGGUUGAAUUUCAGAGUCUUUGUAAAAUGCUAUGUCCUAAUUACAAUGUGCCAUCAAGAAAAACUAUCAGCAACAAUUUAUUGCAACAGCUAUAUCAAUCGAAGCGAGAGAAGAUUGAAGAAGAAUUAAAUCAAGUUGAUUAUAUUUGCAUCACGACUAACAGUUGGACCUCUACAAAUAAUGAGAGCUUUACUGCAAUAACUGCUCACUAUAUUAAUGAAGAACAGUCACAAUUAAAAUUAAAGGCACACCUUUUGGAUUGUUUUGCAUUUGAGGAAAAAUAUACUGCACAAAAUUUAGCCACACUUUUGGCUAACAAAUUUAAAGAGUGGAAACUUGAACAAAAAAUAGUGUGUGUGGUCAGUGAUAAUGCAGCUAAUAUUAUUGCUGCUGUACGGGAAGGCGGGUGGAAAUCGCGUGGUUGUUUUGCCCACUCAAUAAAUCUCUUGGUUCAACAUGGCCUGAAUAAAAUAGAUUCAAUUUUGGAAAAACUAAAAGCAAUUGUUGCGUUUUUUAAAAGGAGCUCUACAGCACUUGGAAAGUUAAAAAAAAACACAGCUUUAUAUGGGAUUGCCUGA